CCGGUAGAGGAAGCUCGGUCAGCUGUCACAGUCUGAAAGGCGAGAGGAGAGGAGCACAGACGAGGUGAAACACAAAACAACAGCUAAAAUGUCUAGUUUUUCUGACAAGUUUAGCGCGUACACGAUGACUCAGCUCAACGAACUGCUGGAGGACGACGAAAAACUCACAAAAAUCGUCCAGGAGAUGGAGGAGAUGCAGGACGUGCAGCAGAGCAAGGAAAUGACGCUGGCCAGUAACAGAAACUUGGCGGAGCAAAACCUGGCCCUGCAGCCCAACCUGGAGCACAAGAAGGACCUACUCACCAAACGCUACGGCUGCCUGCAGGAGAAAUUUGAGGCCUACCAGCUUCGCAAGUCCACCCUAGACCACAAGUCAGGAAACGCCUCCCUGGACAUUUUGCUGGCUCUACUGCAGGCAGAGGGAGCCAAAAUUGAAGAGGAGACAGAAAACAUGGCUGACUCAUUCCUGGACGGCGAAGUGACUCUGGACACGUUCAUCGAUGCCUACCAGAGCAACAGGAAGCUGGCCCACCUGAGGAGGGUGAAGAUUGAGAAGCUCCAGGAGAUGGUGAUGAAGGGCCAGCGGCUCCCCCAGGCGCUGGCCUCCGCCUCUCGACCUCAAGAUGUGUCGGCAGCAGCCAGACCUUCAUCCUCGCUGCUCAAUGACGCCAGCAGCGGCUCCUCACCCAUUGCUCAGCCCAGGAGAAAACCCCCGCCACCUCCAUCCCAGCCAGCCCCAAUUCUAAACGCACCUCCAGCUCCUGCUGCUGCUCCUCAACCUCCCGUCUUCUAUACACCAACUCCAUACCCCCCAAUUCCUCCCAGAACAGGCCAGCCGUUCUCCAACGUCACCUCCAGCUACUCCAACCCCUUCCUCUCUCAGUACCCCCCCGCCUUGCCCCAGAGGCCUCCUCCUCGUAUGACCCCACAACCCGGUUUCAUCAUGCAGUAAAAAUAAAAUCAGCUGCCACUCAGAGGAUGCAGUGUGUGCUGUGGACUUUUCACUACUGAAACUCCUCUGGGCACUACCUUCCCAUGUGGUCGACCUUCUUGGAAUAUAUCCAAUCGCAAUACAAGAAGGUGCACCUUCACCGGCUGGUCUGGUCACGUUCAUCUGGAAACCGAUCUUCAAUAAUCUCUGUUGGUUUGUGUUCACCUCUCAGUCCAUGACAGUCCUGACAAAAACCAUGUGACUAGUCUGGUCUUGACUCUGCUAGCCCGAGUGGGCUUGCAGGAGGCUCUGGUCAAACAAGUGUUGGUCUGUGGGUCACUUGCCUGGGACUCGCCAUUUAACAGCACUUUUUGUCUUCAGGCAGGGCCCAUCCUUUUUCAGUCUCUCACCUCCUUCCAGUCAUGUUCCUCUGACUAUGCUGUUUUAAGGAAGAUUAGAGUCAUUCCAAAAGGGGUUGAAUUAGUCAUUUUCUAUUUUCCUGCAGCAGCUUAAUAAUUGACUGGUAAAGUAUAUGCAAGCAAAGAGAGACCUUAAUUACUGUGCAGUUUUGACAGAAAUAUCAUUUCCCAGAUCAUGUUGGGGCAAAACUGCAUCUUUGCUGUUUUUGUUUUAUAAAUCCACACGGUACAUAGAAAUAUUUGAAUUUCAGUAACAUUUUACUAUAGAGUACUAAUGGAAUUAUGUUAAUAAUUGCCAGGAUAGACUGAUUAACAUUGUUCUAUGUACAGAAGGGCUUUGGUUCGUGUAUGUACUCUUCAAUAUGUGGCUGUGUCUAAAAGGUGUGUGGACCUGCCUGUUUUAAGAUGGCCAGCGGUUCUGUCUGGUCUCUCUCAGGGCAGAUGGUUAAGUUGAAGAAGUGUUGGGGAGAGCUUGUGGGAUUACAGAUAUUCUGAUUUAUUGAAAACUAGGCCUUUGGAGCCUUGCCUAAAAUGAAGGAUUUAUGUAUAGCCAUACAGUACAUUUCCUCCGUGUGUUGUGCUCCAGUGGGUUCAUGAUGUAAUGCAACACUCCUUAUUAUGUCCAUUGUCUUUAACAUCCUCAGUUGGGAUUGAAAAAUAUGCCAGCAGUUGUUUGGAUCUCAAGUUUAAAUCCGUUCAGUUUCCUGUCUCGUUGACUGAGCACCAAAGACUCCUCAUGCCACUCCCUGUUCAGCGUCUUUUGCUACAGUCUUUUUUUGAUGUGAAUGCAACAUUUAGUGAGAUAAUCGACUGUACUUCCCAUCAUAUUAGCUCGUGAAGAAGAUAUCCGUGGCAGUUGUUGUACAGGCUUUUGUGUGGAUGGCUGAAAUACAUUCAUGUUAGCAUUGUUGAAGCUGGAACACUCUUUUUGUAAAACGUGCAAGCCCAGAUCUCACGAAAAGGAACUCGCAAGGUCAAACCUGGCUUUGGGAGGAAACUCUUUUCUGGUGUGCUACAAAUUCACUUUUUUCCUCCCCUCCUGACUGCUGUCACUAUGCACUGUUGAAGAGCCGCGAGUGCCUACACUUGAACUGAUGUUGAUCACAUCCUGCUGACUACUCCAUGUUUCUCUAUCUGUGUACAGCUCACUGACUUGGCCUGAUAGCUCGACAAGCCCCGCCCCCACCCCCCACGAAAAGGCCUAGCAUCAGGUCUUCUCUUGUGACUGAUGUGAUCUAACACUAGAUGGUGGAAGAAGCAUCCGUCUGACCCUCAGUGCAUCAGGCUUUGCUUUUUCGGUAGGAGCUGAAGGCCAAAAUAGAGUGCUGUUGAACAUGUGCCAGAGAGACAAGAGACAUCUCCUCAGGCUGUGUGCCUACUGGUGCUUGUGCUACUCUUCCAUUCUUUUUACAUCAAAUGGAGGUUUGCCUGAGGUCGCUUUGUGUUAUUUUUCAUUUCGUUUUUUUUUUUUUUUUUUCUUAAGAUUAGUGAAAUUACAGGGCUCUGAGAUGUUUGUUUCAUAUCAUUGUGAUGAUGUGUCCCCUCACGGCAAACAAGAGAACCAUGGAAUGGGCAAAGCGUACUCGUUGGCAAGCAAAACUGCAGAAGUAGCAGAAGCUAAGGCAUCAGUGUCUCGAUAAACCAGCAUUUGUAACAACUAACAAUGAGUAAUUCUUGUGUGCAUGGCCUUUGAUCUUCGUGUUCCCUUUAAUACUUUUUUUUUUUUUUUUUUAGCUGUCGAGCUGCUUUUUUUGUUUAAACUGAUCCCCUGUAUUCAUGGUUUUAUAUGUGGUUGGUGGUAUUUUAAGUGUAAUGUUGUAGGUAUUUACUUAUUAUAAUGAAUGUUUAAGUGGAAUUUAAGGCUAUUUUCAAGUUCAAUAAAUCUAAAGUUUUUGUA